AUGAUAGUCUCUAAGUCCCCUGAAACCAAUGGAACCUUGAUAACUGGCGAGGUUCUACUGUCUCUCAAUGGGGUAAAAGCACCAAUUGGGAUCAAUAAUUGGGAUAAGAACGCUAUGGACGUAGUGUGUCGAAUGCUUGGCAUCGAAGGACCUCAUGAUGCAUCUCCUCUUACUAAAUGGAGUGGCAGUGACAAACAUAUAUGGGUAGAUCAUACCAAGUGCUUAGGAAACGAGAGUUCUUUACUGGACUGUGAUCAUCCUGGGUUGAGGAAUAAGAAUCAGUACAUCGUUACUUCAUCUACUACAGCAGUAGUAGCAUGUGGACAGCAGAAGAGAUGUGGUUCCUCUUUAAAGAUUCCAAAUGGAAAUGUCAAGUGCAUAAAUGAUACCUGUCACGUGACCUGUCAUCUGGGAUAUUUUAUUAUGGGGUCUAGAGUGGUGACUUGCAUACAAGGAAAACCGUUAGCAGACUCGAUCCCUAAAUGCCGUGAUUGA